UGUUGCGUUUGACGGUACGGCGGUACGCACGUACUAUUGUUUCGGUUUUCUCGGAGAAGCGCGAAAGUUAGUGACAGGCUUAACGCCUUUCGUCACGCGUCUCGUACCGGUCGUUUCGAGUGUGCGUCUCGUUGUCAGAAGUGCGGAGUGCUUAAUUCACGCGCGCGACAUACCUUCUCCGGCGUGAGACAUAACCUCGAACCUCGAACGCGAUGUAGUGCGGGACAGUGCGGGACCGUCGUCGUCGUCGCCGGUGUUGGAUAUUUCGCAAAGUGUCGUUGUUAAGCUGAUUUUUCGGGGGCUAACGAAAUUAAAAGCGAAACGGAUGUGCGCCAUUAUUCAGUAGUCACUGCAGUCGUGUACCUAUAUAAAAGUCAUUGACAGUCUGAGGGAUAAAUAUUGCACGCUGAAAAUUUCGUGGUGCAAAUUGUUUAAGCAUGGCAGAUUAUCUCUCGGCUGAACUCACUGCCACUUGCGCUGUGAUUGGAUAUUUUGAUGGGACUACUUAUCACUUGGACAAAAAUUGCUUAGAUGUUAUAAAGGAUCUCAUUAGAUAUCUUAAGAGAGAUGAUGAUACGCAUACUAUAAGACGCUUUCUUGGGCAAACGAGAUUACUCCAGACGGAUCUUGUGAAGAUUCUUGUACAUCAUGUUGAGAAUAUCGAACUUUGGGAUGUCUUAUUGCGAUUACUUAUUAAUUUGACAAGCUCUGCGUUUGUAAUUUACAAUGAACAAAUACCAACUGAGAAGACGACGUAUAGUUUGUAUCAACAAAUUGUUUCAUAUUUACAAGAGUAUAAGGCAGCGUUAACCGAUGAGAAUGUGUGGGUAGCGGUAGCUGGCCGUUUGGGGAAUCUACUUAACAUUGAUAGUACAGAAAGAGGGGAAGAAAAUGAGUUGACAAUUGAAAGAAUACUUGUUUUUAUUAGAAAUGUACUGCAAGUGCCACCUAAUGAUAAUGAUAAAAGAGCUGAUAACGAUGCUACUGUUCACGAUGAGAUAUUAUUUGCAUUUCACGCUUCAGGGAUAGUGGACAUUUUGUUGUUUAUUGUCAGUAACAAUAAGGAACAGCAAUAUCACAUGCAAAUUUUAGAGAUUAUAUCUUUAAUGUUACGUGAGCAAAAUGCAAGCCUAUUGGCUGCAUCUGGGUUGCAACGUAGUACCGCUGAAAGGGAAAAUGACGAGGCUAGCCUCGUAGCCCUGCGACAAAAAGAACUGCGCGAAAAAAUGGACAAAGUAAAAAAAUACGCUGGAUCGAGACACUCACGAUUUGGCGGUACUUACGUUGUGCAGAAUAUGAAAGCAACCGGAGAAAAUCAAAUGAUAUGUCAUAAACCGUACCAAAAGAUAGAAGCAUUGGAAUUCGGUACCAAUAAGAAAAGAGUGAAGCGACGCAAAGAUAAAGUGAGCCUGCAAGACACCAAGGAGGAACGCACGUCUGCCCUCAGCGUGCGACUUUUUCUAAAAGAAUUUUGCGUAGAAUUUCUAAGCGGGGUUUACAAUUCCGUGAUGAAAUUCACCAGAUCUUGCUUUAUCAACGACCCUCAGGGCCAAGCAGGGGAAACGGCUGUCUAUCUAUGGGCCUUGCGUUUCUUCAUGGAGUUCAAUCGACAUUAUAAGUUUCAAGUGAAAUAUGUGAGCGAAACUAUAUCCACACAAGUGUUCUAUUUAGUUCAAAGACAAAUGGAACAAUAUUAUGAGAUGAUAUUAGUUGACAAAAAGAGGAUACCGCUUUGGUCUCGUAGAUUGCAUUUGGCAUUAAAAGCAUAUCAGGAGCUUCUUAACACUCUUAUGAUAAUGGAUAAGAGCACAGAUGAUGGUGUUAAGGAAUCCAGCAAGAUAAUUAAAAGCAAUAUCUUUUAUGUCCCGGAAUAUCGGGAAACGAUACUCUCUCAGCUUUUGUGCUUCGACGAGGUUAAAAUGUCACGGCAGUACUUACUGGAUCUUAUAACGACUGUUCACAUAUUUCUAAAAAUGCUUGAACACUUCUGCCAGAAAGGCCAACGGCAUCUCAUAGUCCAAAAAGUAAAGGCAAAGAGAAGAAAGGUUAAAAAGAGAAAAAAACCUACUGAGGAAAACGUAACUCCUGCGGCUCCUACUUUGGAGGAACGUUGGGACAUUGUCAGUCUCGAAUUAUCUGCUGUUAUGCGCGAUGCUGUUAUACCUGUAGUGGUGCCGUUUGAUGCAACCUUAGACACGCCUAUCGACGAUCAAAAAACAGACGCCAUGAAGAAAAUUCAGAAAUUAAUGCGACAGAGGAACUUGGAACAGGCAGUUGGUCUCCUACGUGCAGCAAGAGAAAUCUGGCCCGAGAAUGACUGCUUCGGAAAAGUGGACAUACUUCCCGAGGAAGAAUUCCUAGCUCUUCGCGAGAUCUUUUUUGCAGAUCUGGGUGUGAUUGAAGAUCAGAUCGUCGUUCAGGAAACAAACGCGGAUAAAGAGACUGAAAAUUCUGCAAACCGUGAAGAAGAUGAAGAAGAAGAGGAUGAAGAUGAUGAAGAAGAAGAGGGAGGAACUAUUUUCCAAGAAACUGACUUUAAAUUGGAUGAAUUUCUUCAAAGGUUCGCCAACGUGAAAGUCGUCAAGGCUUUAGCACUACUAAUGCAACAAUUCGAAAACAACACAGUCGAAGUAAAUCACUAUAUAACAAAAAUGUUACAUCGGAUUGCUUGGGAUUACAAAAUGCCGGGUAUGAUAUUUCAAGCGUCCAUAUUUCGGACUUUUCAAAGAAUCCUCGAGUCGAAGGAUCCUGCACAUAAGGAGCUCCAAAAGUUCGCGGUCUUCAUAAUCCGCCGUUUCAUCGAAGUCGCCCAGAAGAACCGGAAGUCGUACAUGGAGCUGCUCUUCUGGAAGACUACCCGCGACGCGACAGAAAUCGUGGAUGGCUACAAUGCGGAAACGACUAACAAGAAAGUUUCACGAGCGACCUGGACGGAGGCGGAAGAGGAUGAGCUGCGUACCCUCUUCAUGGAGCAUCAGACUAACAAAUAUCCUCAAGAUUUAAUUGAUUGGAUAUUGGAGCAUGUCAUCAAUGAAAAUAGAACACGACGUACCAUCAUCAAGAAACUCAAGGAGAUGUGUCUGAUUGUCAAUUCUAAGAGCGUGCGAGCUGAGGUACAAAAGAGAUUACCUAAGGAGUGGUCUGAGGAAGAAAUCGCCCAGCUUACGGAACUUUGGACACAGUUGAAGGACGAUGAUGAUCCCGUGGAUUUGAUUUUCACCGGACUUAGAAUAAAGCGGCCGAAGCCGAAGAUCAAGGAGAAGCUUCUGGAAUUAGGAUUGGCGCAGGAUCGCAAGGAGCUGCGCAAAAAGCGGUCCAGAAAAAGCAACCAGGGUAAAUCGUCGUGGGAAACGCAAGCUGCCAGUAAUUCUGACGGGAACGAAAGUUCAGCCACCGACGACGAAGACGGCGAAGAAACUCGAAAAUCCUCGAAGCGCGGCGGCGCACCCCGGCGGAGCGAGGAGCCGACGAAAAAGAAGCAACGGAACAGGCGGAAGCUACCGACGAUCGUUUAUACGGAUGCACAAUUAUCCGGUCUCUUGAAGGACGUCAUCGACAGGGACAUGAGAGAGGCGUUGGAAUGGAUCAAGGAAUCCCUGCAAGACGUUCUGGACGAUCGUGAUGAGGAGAGCUCGGAGGGCAUACCCCUGGUGCCGCUGACAGAUUACUCGGCGUCCGCGAUGGAUUCACCGAGUUUUCAAAAGCUUCUUCACGCCAUGGGAUUUGUGCCACCGGCUGAUGCCCAGGAAUCUUAUUGGCGCAUCCCGGCGAAUAUGCUUACAGCCACGCUUCAGAAACGUUACAAACUCAUCGGAGACGCUUUAGUCGGUGAAUUCAUUGUCGAGGAAACGCGUAAAGAUUCCGAGAUUGAUGAAAGGGUGGACGACAGUGAAGACGAUACCAACGUGUUCGAGAAUGUGAAAAAAUUCUUUGCGCCCAGAGAACCAGAACCGUCGACUUCCGGACAGUCGGAACGAUCUACUAAAAUUCAGUUAUCACAAAAAUCCAAAAUAUUAUUGACAUUAAACGAAGAAAGUGAUGAAGCAGAAGCUAUAGAAAUAGAAGAAAAGGAUGAAACGGAAUUCCCAGUAAAAGCGCACAAAGAAAACACAGGCAACGUGAGAAACCGAGUAAGGAUACUCAACGACUCCUCCGAAUCGGAAAUGGAAAUUGAAAGGGACGUCGAUGAUAAGAACGACGACGUAAAGAGAGAUAGAGCUGAUUCUUCAUCUGAUACGGAUAAACCAUCCACUAAGAAACGUCGAUUACUCGAUAGUGACGAAGAGGCAGAACCACUAAGAAAUGAUUAUACCGAGGCAAAUGGCGCACCUGUAAUAAUUAGCGAUGAUGAAGAAUCAUUGCCUAACGUGCGAUCUGAGCGACCUACAUCUCGCGUAAUAAUCAGCGACGAUGAAGAUUAAGAGAAAGCGUUUAUAUUCCAGAUGUUUAAAAUUUGUUAUUCCAGAUAUUUAAAAUAUUCUUAAGCAUUCAAAAUGUUGCAGUAUAUCAAAACAUUUUUUUUAUAACUCGAAUAAUAACUAAAGCAAAAAUUAAAUUAAAACACAUUUUAUCGAGUAUUCUUCUAUGAUAAAUAUGCUUUGCUGAGAUUGAAAAUUUAUAUAAUAAAA